AUGAGUGGUGUCAUCUCUGGGCUGGUGGUCCUGAAUGCUAUAAGGCAGGCCGAGCAAGGCCAUGGAAGCACAGUCUCCACGACAACCCCAGUGACCAGCUCUGCACCCUCUUCUUGCUCCAUCCCCAAAAAGGAACAUUUGAUCUUGGCCUUUUUUGCUGGGGUCCUGCUGACACUGCUACUCAUGGCCCUUAUCUUCUUCAUCAUCAAGAGCUGCAGAAGAAGUAACUCCAGCACCCAGGCCCAGGACUCUCUCUCAGAGCCUCCCAUCAAGCUUUCAUCCGCAUCAAAGGAGUCACUUACCUAUGCCAGCAUGACUUUCAAGCCCUCGGGAGAAAGCAGCAAUGGCUUGACUGGAAACCGCUCCCCAGGCUUGGACCCCACUGUCUACUCUGAGAUUAAAGUAGCAGAGCCAUCCCUGCCUCUCCAAUGA